GGGGGACAUUGCCAUAAGGAUAUACAGUGUGUUGAAUGUACAUCAACCAUCACUACCACCAGUGACAGUGUAGUAUCGGUGCUGUAAACAUAUACAUACACACAAAAAAUAGUAUUUAUUUAUAUAUAUAUAUGUGUUUAGACAGCCAACCCAACCAACACAAUGUAUAGUUGGUUGGCAUUUGUGAUUUUCACCUGUUAUUUAAUUUUGCACACAAUUAAUUGCCAACCGUCCAAUAAUCUACUUAAUUGUCCAGAAGGAUGGCACCGGGAGGGUAUAAAUUGUUAUAAAUUUUUCAAUAUAAAGCACUCGUGGAGGAGAGCGGCUGAGAUAUGUAGACGAUAUGGCAGCGAAUUGGCGCUGAUCUCCGACUACACUCAAAACAAUUUUACCAUUGAUUUGGCGAACCAGUGGCUCAAGGAUGACACUACUGGCCAAUCAUUAUCGUCAUCGUCAUCGUCAACAACAACUAGUCGUACCUCAUUCUGGAUAGGAUUCCAGUCUAUCGACAACCUAUCGACAAAUACACUGGAAUCGGCUUCCGGUCGGUUUGUUAGCAAAUAUGUUGGCUUCUGGUUACCGGAUGAACCGAAUACCCGACACGGCGAAUGUGUCCGAUCGACAUUGGCCGAUUGGUCAUCGGCAUCAUCGUUGGCUAUCGGCCCGGGAUUUAGCAGCAGUACAUCAUCGUCAUCAUCAUCAGCACUGGCUGCUGGUAGUGGUGUCGACAAAAACCAGCAGACCUGGGAGAUGGCCCCCUGUGAAGACCUAUUGCCGUUUGUUUGCCAAAAGCAGACCUGUCCGACAGGCUCCUAUCACUGUUCAAACGGCAAGUGCGUCAACAGUGCAUUCAAAUGUGACGGUCAGGACGAUUGUGGCGAUAAAUCGGAUGAAACUGACUGUCCCCGCAAAUGUCAUCACUAUCUACAAAGUUCGGGCGAUAAAGUAGUCUCACCUAACUAUCCGAAUCGUUACGAUCCGAACUCGGACUGCAAAUGGACACUCGAAGGUCCGAUCGGUUCGGGUAUGAUCUUACAGUUUGCCGAAUUCGAUACCGAAGCCAACUUCGACACUGUCCAGAUACUGACCGGCGGCCGAACUGAGGAAUCGUCGGUAAAUUUGGCCACUUUGUCGGGUCAUCAGAAUCUUAGUUCGCGUACGUUUACCACCGGUUCCAAUCUGAUGAUUGUUAAGUUCAAGUCGGACGCCGGUGUCGAAAAACGCGGGUUUCGGGCCUCAUGGAAAACCGAACCGAUCAAAUGUGGCGGCGAUUUGUACGCUACACAGGCCGCCCAAGUGAUAACAUCGCCGCUAUAUCCCGAACCCUAUCCGGGUGGCUUGGAAUGUGUCUAUGUUAUUGGUGCUGCACCGGGCAAAACGGUAACCUUGGAAGUGGUCGAACUGGAUCUGGAACCGUCCCGCGACUACAUAAGCGUACGCGACGGUUCCGGUUCGACCAAUUCAUUGUUGGCCAAACUAACUGGCAAUUUACGGGACACCAGCAACCGUUAUAUCGUAUCGACUGGCAAUAAAAUCUAUUUGUAUUUCUAUACGGGUUUCGGCGGUAACAGUGGCCAAGGUUUUGCCAUACGCUAUCGGGCCGGCUGCGAAAUCGAGUAUACAGCCGAAGCCGGUAAUGUGACGUCACCGGCUUACGGUGUUACCAAAUAUCCGCCCAAUCAGAACUGUGCCUAUCGACUGGCCCGGCCAACGGGCGCACACGGCGGUUCAUUGUCCAUUAUAUUCAACGAUUUCGAUGUGGCCGCCGACGAUUCCCUGCAGAUCUACGACGGCCAGGACACCAACGGUAUACCGUUGCACCCGUCGCGUGGUUUCUCAACUAAAACCAAACCCCAGGGCCUGACAUUGUCGGCAUCGUCCGGCAAAAUGUUAAUACUUUUCAAAAGCAAUGCAAUGACUGCCGGAAAAGGUUGGUCGGCCAGUUUUUCGGCCGAUUGUCCACCGUUGAAGAUCGGUGCCAAUGCUGUAGCAUCGACCAGGGGUACAAUGUUUGGCGCUCGGGUUAACUUUACCUGUCCUACCGGCCAGGAGUUUAGCAAUGGCCAAACAAAAUUGAUGACCGAAUGCCAACAGGGAGGCCAGUGGACGCUUGGUACGAUUCCCGACUGUCAGGAACGGUACUGUGGACCGGUUCCGCAGAUUGAUAACGGUUUUGCCGUUGCAUCGACCAACGUUACCUAUCGGGGAACGGCUACCUAUCAGUGUUACGCUGGUUUCGCUUUUCCGUCGCAAAUGCAUACGGAAACAAUCAGGUGUACCGACGACGGCAAAUGGGAACGCCUACCACUAUGUCUGGCCUCGUCGUGUCCACAGUUGCCGGAAACACCGAACGCUAUCCAACACGUUAUGACCGGCGGCAACAACCGAAGCUAUAGUUACGGUACGAUCAUACGAUUCGAUUGUGAACCCGGCUAUCAUCGACAGGGAAUACCGGUAAUUGCCUGCACAUCGGUUGGCCAGUGGUCAGGACUGCCGCCUACUUGCGAACGGGCACAGUGUCAUCUGUUGCCGACCAUUGAAUACGGUUUUCUAGUGGACACCCAACGCAAGUAUCUGUUCGGCGACGAAGCCCGGGUCCAGUGUAACAAAGGCUACAAACUGGAUGGACAUCCGGUUAUUAAGUGCGGACCGAAUCAGACGUUCGAUAAUCUGCCGAAAUGUCGCGAUCAGGACGAAUGUCUUUCAUCGUCGGCCUGCGAUUUGGCCUCAACUCAGUGUUCCAAUACUAACGGCGGCUUUUUCUGCAAAUGUAAGGACGGUUUCGAACCGAAUCUAAACUGCCGGCCCGUAUCCGAUCUUGGGUUGGCUACCGGUGCCAUACCCGAUACGGCCAUCAAAGUUUCGGGUACGGAAAGUGGGUACAAAAAAAGCGAUAUCCGACUGGACGCUCAACGCGGUUGGUGCGGUUCGGUGCCGCGUGUCGGCGAAAACUAUGUCCAAAUUGAUUUGCGGGCACAGACCGUCAUACGUGGUUUCCGUAUACAAUCGGUYCARCGACUCGACAAUACGCAGGCCUAUCCGAUAACCGUUCGGCUACAACACGCCAACGAACUGACCGAUUUGUUUCGCGACUAUUCCGAUCURUCCGGACGACCCGUACAGUUCCGGUUGGCACCGAACGGCGGCUCCGGGCUAUCCAUUGUCAACUUACCGAUACCGUUGGAGGCACGCUAUGUCCGAUUGUUGGUCAUGGAAUACGCGGUCGCUCCGUGUAUGCGCUUCGAGCUGAUGGGCUGUUCCCGACAAGAUUGUAUCGAUAUUAAUGAAUGUCUGGAUAAAAACGGUGGGUGCGAUCAACGUUGUGUCAACAGUCCCGGCGGUUUCAAUUGUGUCUGUAAUAUUGGCUACGAAUUGUUUACGUCGAACGGUACGGCCGGCUACGAUAUAGCCGUUAGCGAAACGGGUGUCCGCGAUGGCGACCUGUUUCGUAUGAACAAAACUUGUGUACCGAAACAAUGUCCGCCGUUGAAGUCGCCGKCSAACGGCAAACUAUUGUCCACWAAAYYKAAGUAUCAUUUCGGCGAUUUUGUUAACUAUCAUUGCGAUUUCGGUUACGUAAUGGUUGGCCAACCGACACUCAUAUGCGGCUCGAAUGGCCAAUGGAACGGAUCGGUACCCGAAUGUGUCUAUGCCCAGUGCCAGAUGUUUGGCGACGACAGUGGCCAAGGAUUGCGCAUCACUCACGAAACGGCAGCCGCUGGCGACAAAUUCAUACCCUAUCUGAGCAACGCUACCGUCCAGUGUAUGGAAGACGGCCGACCAUUGAGAGGAACGUCAACUGCCAGUUUCCGACAGUGUGUCUACGAUCCGAAGGAAGGCAAACAUGAUUUCUGGCUAUCAGGUCUGACGCCUACCUGUCCCCGAUUGGAUUGCGGCGCACCAGUCGAGUCAAACGGUGCGUCCUAUGGUUUCUAUGCCGAUACCCGAUAUAAGGCAUCGUUUUUCUUCGGCUGCGACGAAACGUUUACAUUGGGCGGUAAAACCGAGAGGUCGGACAAUGUUAUCCGRUGCGGACCACAGGGUAACUGGGAUUUCGGUGACCUCMGAUGCGAAGGACCUGUCUGUGCCGAUCCCGGUCAUCCACCCGACGGYCAACAGUUGGCCACUAGCUAYGAACAAGGAUCCCAGGUAUCGUUUACCUGUGACCGACCCGGUUAUGUGCCCUAUUCGACGGAUCCGAUUACUUGCCAGAAAAAUGCCGACUGCCGGGUAAUUCGACCGGUCGGUUUGGCCAGUGGCCAGAUUCCCGAUACGGCUAUCAAUGCUACGUCCCAGCGAAGCAAUUACGAGGCCAACAAAAUACGUAUGAAUUCGGCUACCGGUUGGUGCGGACAACACGAACCGUUUACYUACGUUACCGUUGAUUUGGGUAAAGUCUACCGAAUUAAGGCCCUACUGGUCAAGGGUGUAGUGACCAAUGAUGUUGUCGGCCGGCCUACGGAACUCCGAUUUUUCUACAAAGUUCGUGAAUCUGAGAAUUUUGUCGUCUAUUUCCCGAAUUUCAAUCUGACCAGCCGAGAACCGGGCAACUAUGGCGAACUGACUGUCAUACCGCUGCCGGUUUCGGUUACCGCCCGUUACAUCAUAUUGGGAAUCGUUUCGUACAACAAGAAUCCGUGUCUGAAGUUCGAGAUUAUGGGCUGCGAGGACACCAAAGAAGAGAUACUACUCGGCUAUGAUAACGGCUAUCCGAUUUGUGUCGAUCAGGAACCGCCACAUUGGGUCAACUGUCCGGCCGGUCCGGUAAUUGUUACGAAAGGUCCGCAGGGACUGAUGCCCGUCAACUAUACCAUACCGACACCUGUCGAUAAUUCCGGUUACGUGGCCCGACUCGAAGUCCGGCCGCUCGGUUUCAAACCGCCACAGAUUGUCUUCGAAGAUAUGAUUGUCGAAUACUAUGCCUACGAUUCUGAUGGUAAUGUUGCUGUCUGUGCCGUCAACAUAACGGUUCCCGACGAAACACCGCCAUCAUUGUCGUGUCCGCCGUCCUAUACCAUUGAUUUGAGUGAACAACAGGACUCUUUGUUUGUCAACUUUAACGAUACUCGACGACUGAUCAAUGCUACCGAUGAAUCGGGUGACGUACGCAUACAACUGAUACCCGAAUCGGCUGUCAUACCACUCAAAGGUUAUCGUAACGUAUCGGUUGUGGCCACCGAUCGUUUCGGUAACGAAGCCAUCUGUCACUUCCAAGUAUCAGUUCAGCCGCAAACAUGUGUUGCCUGGGCUUUGGACCAGCCGGCCAACGGUGUGGUCAACUGUAUGCCAAACGAUGCCUCCACCGGUUACCGCUGUUCGGCUACUUGUGAUCCCGGCUAUCGGUUCAUUGAUGCCGAUCCGGUCAAACACUACGAAUGUUCCACUGGACAACCGUGGACACCGACAGCCAUUAUACCCGAUUGUGUACCCGAAGAYACCAACCAAGCUUCGUACGAUGUGAUUGCACAGAUCGAGUACCGAUCGGGCGGUUUCGCACCGCCGGCCUGUAUGCAAGCCUACGUCAACUACGUCUCCGGUUUCUACCCGACCCUCAAUCAGGUACUCAGCGACCGAUGUUCGGCAAUCAAUGUCCAGAUGGCCAUAAUGUUCUUCAACACUACAAUAACCAUCAAACCGGAUACCAAUGCCCUAUCAGUCGAGUAUAUACUACGUAUAGCACCGGCCGUUCCGUCAACAAUGCUCUACGAUCUGUGCGGUUCUACGCUGGGCUUGAUCUUUGACCUAUCAGUGCCGUCAACGUCGGCCAUCAUUGAACCACUGUUGAACAUAUCAUCGCAACAAGUAGGCGGUUCAUGUCCAUCACUACAGGCUCUGCGGUCACAUGUGGUUCGGGGAUUUACUUGUGUACCGGGCGAAAUACUCAACACCAACAACAAUGCUACCGGUGCUACAGUAGCCGUACCCCGUUGUCUACACUGUCCGGCCGGUACGUUCGCUUCGAAAGACAUGCAUAUCUGUACGGAAUGUCCGCGCGGUUGGUAUCAGGACUCGACACGCGAGGCCAGCUGUCGUCAGUGUCCCGACGGUACCUAUACACGUGACAAGGGUAGUAAAUCCUUAAGCGAUUGUAUACCAGUGUGCGGUUACGGUACCUAUUCGGCUAGCGGUCUGGUGCCGUGUCUACAGUGCCCGAUGAACAGCUACUCGGGUCAGCCGCCGGCUGACGGUUUCAAAGAAUGUCAGUCGUGUCCGCAAAAUACGUUCACCUAUUCGUCCGGUUCGACCAUUAUUAACGAAUGUCGGGUAAAAUGUCCGGCCGGUACCUAUUCCGAGACYGGUCUGGAACCGUGCGCUCCCUGUCCGACAAAUUAUUUCCAAGAAAAAGAAGGUCAAACCCAGUGUCGCGAAUGUCCGGGCAAAGAACGUACCCUACGUCCCGGUGCUUUGAGUCACGAAGCCUGUACGGCCGGAUCCUGUUCGUCGCAUACCUGUCACAAUGGUGGCGUAUGUCUGGUACUCAAUCACGAACCUACUUGCUAUUGUCCGGCCGGUUUUACCGGACCCCAAUGCGAAUCGGAUAUCAAUGAAUGUCAAUCGGAACCGUGCUACAAUGGCGGUACAUGUGUCGACCAUCCCCAGGGCUACCAGUGCAAAUGCCCGGUCGGCUAUUCGGGUCURCAGUGCCAACUGGCCCGCAACGACUGCCAYAACGAUACCUGCCCGGAAAAAGCCAUGUGCAAAGAUACGCCCGGUUUGGGUAACUACGAGUGCUUGUGUCGAUCCGGUUACGAGGGCCGGUCGUGUAAUAUAACCAUCAAUCCGUGUACGCACGGCGACCGAAAUCCGUGCGAAAACAGUGGCCAAUGUGUACCCCUGCAACAGGGUCGCUACCGGUGCGAGUGUCCAGCUGGCUGGUCGGGCCGAAAAUGUGAACUCAAUAUCGACGACUGUGCCGAAGAACCGUGUCUACUGGGUGCCAACUGUACCGAUUUGGUUAACGAUUUCAAAUGUGACUGUCCCCCAGGGUUCACCGGUAAACGUUGCCAUCAGAAACUGGAUCUGUGUGCCGGUAGUCCCUGUUUGAAUGGGCUGUGCGUCGAUCGGCUGUAUCAUCACGAAUGUAUUUGCCAGCCCGGCUGGACAGGUAGCAAAUGUGAAGUCAACGUCGAUGAAUGCGUGUCGGAUCCGUGCGAAAAUAAUGGCGAAUGUAUCGAUCUGGUAGAUAGCUACCGGUGCGUAUGCGACAGUGGCUAUACAGGAUCCCGGUGCCAACAUCAGAUAGAUUCCUGCGAAUCCAAACCGUGUCAAAAUGGUGGCUCCUGUUUCGAUCUAAUUGAUGGUUUUAUGUGCCAGUGCAGGCCAGGUUUUGUUGGACUUCAAUGCGAGGCCGAAGUUGAUGACUGUGUCAGCAAUCCGUGCCAUUCGCCGGGCACUGAACGUGUGUCGAUCAGGACAAUAGCUACCGAUGCGAUUGUCAUACUGGGCUUCUCSGGUGAACUGUGCGAAAUCAACGACAACGACUGUGCCAGUARUCCCUGUCUGAAUGGUGGCACCUGCUCCGAYGCUAUCAACGGUUUCAAGUGUGCCUGUCUGCCCGGUUGGUCYGGCCAACGAUGCGAAGCCGAUAUCGGCCAGUGCGAGUCCAGUCCGUGUCAUAACGAUGCCCGCUGUGUCGACCUAUUCCAGGAUUACUUUUGCGUUUGUCCGUCGGGUACCGACGGUAAACGUUGCCAGACAUCACCUCARCGUUGUAUCGGCAAUCCGUGUCAACACGACGGCAUAUGCCGCGACUAUGGUUCGGGUCUGAACUGUACCUGUCCGUCCAAAUACUCGGGUGUCGGCUGCCAGUACGAGUACCGGGCUUGCGACGACAAUGUAUGCCAAAACGGUGCCACCUGUCUGGAUCUGGGUAUGGAUAACGGCGGCUACAAGUGCCAGUGUCCGCCCGGCUAUACCGGCCGUAACUGCCAGCACGAUAUCAUUGACUGUACCCCSACWUCRUGYGCACCUACKGCUACCUGUAUUGAUCUGACUGGCGGUUUCUAUUGUAAAUGUCCGUUCAAUUCGACCGGCGAAGACUGUCGUAAACCCAUUAACAUCGACUACGAUAUCUAUAUCAACGACGAAAGUCGAUCGUCAAGYGCAGCCCUAACGGCACCGUUCGAUCUAAUGGAAGCCCAGAGCCUGACACUGGCCCUAUGGGUACAGUAUAUUGAAGAAUCUAUUGGUACCUAUUUUACACUCUAUUCCGUCGAUUCGGCUCAUCUGCCGAUCGGUAAAAAACCGCUWAUCCGGGCCAACCAUAACGGUAUCUUUAUAUCGCUGUUCCCCGAUCGRCUACCCGAYGUUUUCUUACCKUACCUCGAAAACGUACCGAUCAACGAUGGCCAAUGGCACUACAUUAAUGUCAUAUGGGACGGCCGUGACGGUACACUGAUGUUGGUUACCGAUACGGCAGUWGCCGCUACUGUCAACGAUUACGCYGUSGGUAUGAGUUUGCCGGCGUACGGUUGGGUCAAUUUGGGCGCACCGUUGGACGACAAAAACAAAGCSGAAACUGGUGCCGGUUUUCAYGGCCGYCUAUCCCGUGUGAACCUAUGGAAUCGGGCACUGGACAUGAGCCAGGAGAUACCCUCACAGAUUAGGUCGUGYAAAAAUGCRCCGGUAUUGUUUGCCGGCCUAUUGCUCCGGUUUACCGGCUAUGACCGUAUUGAGGGAACCGUCGAACGUGAAGGUCCCGGCCGUUGYGGCGAACGUGUGUGUCCRGUCGGCUACUCRGGYGACGAUUGCCGUAUAUUGCAACAGGACAAGACGCCGCCCAGUGUCUUGCAUUGUCCGCCCGAUAUGUGGAUAAUAUCGGAAAAUAGUUCRACAGUUGUCAACUGGGAUGAACCRCAGUUUACCGACGACUUGCGGUCAGUACAGGUGCUCGAGUUGGAAAAGAUCCGAAGUGGAGAAGCGCUGAAAAAGGGUACAUACGAUCUGAGUUAUGUGGCSGUAGAUGAAUCGGGUAACAGUGCCCGCUGCGACUUCCAGGURCACGUUGUCCGCGAAUUUUGUCGUGUACCGGCAGCACCGGUAGGCGGCGAACGUGAAUGUUCCGAUUGGGGUCCGGGCGGCCGGUUCAAGGUAUGCCGUAUUAAGUGCAAUCAGGGUCUAUCGUUUUCCCAACCGAUUCCCCGAUUCUACGUAUGCGGUGCCGAAGGUUUUUGGCGACCSAACGACGAUACCGAACGGCCGCUGGUGUUCCCGUCGUGUGCACCAAAACAUUCGGCUCAACGUAUUUUCCGAUUGUUGAUCAAUGUUCCGUCGGGCGUUGUCUGCAGCGAUUCGGGUAAGAAAAUCCUGACCUCCCGCGUGACCGACAGUCUCUUGCGUAUUGACCGCUCGUGGAAGAUAUGUUCGGAUCAGUCGCGCGGCGCCUGCAAAGGACUGGGCGUUAAUGUCAAGUGUAGUAAACAACAGCCGRGUUUGUCAGGCGGCGGCAACGACUCGCCCGCCGACGACCAGGACGUCUAUUCGAUUGAAGUCGGUUUUCCGGCCAAUAACGACCCGAUUAUCAAUGCCAACACACAGGAAAAGGAUAGCCUGGAGUCAAUCAUACGUAAAGCGGUCGCCGAUAGUGCCAUAUUUGACGUACGCGACACACUGCCCAACGUAUCGCCUGACCUACGAUCGUUGCGUCUGAUUACCGAAUAUGCCUGUCCGCCCGGUCAGGUAGUUAUGGGCGACAGUUGUGUCGARUGCGGUGCCGGUACCUACUAUGACGAACCCACCCAAUCGUGUCAGAAAUGUCCGAUCGGUACCUACCAGAAUGAACUGGGUCAGUUACAGUGUAAAAAAUGCCAGCCCAUCGGUGACGGCCGCCAGGGUGUGACCAUAACUACUGGAUCGCGUUCGCCGGACGAGUGUCGCGAACGGUGUAAUAGUGGCCACUAUUUUGAUACACAUCAUUCCGGAUGUCGUCCGUGCGGUUAUGGUCACUAUCAGCCGGCCGAGGGAUCGUUUUCGUGUAUAUCGUGCGGUACUGGACUGACCACCCGAAGCCAGGAAGCUAUUGCACAGCACGAGUGUCGACCCGAAUGUAUGCCCGGUUUCCAACUGUCCUCUAAUGGCAACUGCGAGGCCUGUCCUAUUGGCCACUACCGAACCCGUGGACUGCCGUCGUGCGARCAAUGUCCRCAAGGUUUUACUACCGGUUCGAUGGGCGCGGCAACACCGCAACAAUGUAAUCUAGAAAUCUGUGCCGUCGGCCACUAUCUGAACGCAUCCAACGACGAAUGUACGGCCUGUCCGAAGGGCACCUACCAGGACGUCGAACAACGGGACUCGAGUUGCCAGUCGUGUCCACCGAAUUCGACUACCGACGGUGUUGGCCAUACAUCAGUGGAUCAGUGUAGCAAUCCGUGUAUAAUCAACGACAAAAUGGAAUUGUGUCCACCGAAUAGCCAGUGCGAGGCGCCUACCGGUGCCAAUGAGGACUUCCGUUGUGUAUGCAAAGAAGGGCUACAAAGAGCUAAUGACGCCAACGAAGUCAACUAUCCUCACUGUGUAAACAUAUGCGACGACUACUGUAUCAAUGGUGGCCGCUGUGAAUGGUCGCCGGGUAUGCGUAAACCCCGGUGCGAUUGUCUGAUUAAUUUCUAUGGCGACCGCUGCGAACGCAAGUCCGAGCUUAUCUAUAUUGCCGGCGGUAUCGGUGCCUCCGUAUUCUUCAUCAUAUUCAUUGUCCUACUCAUAUGGAUGAUAUGCGUACGUACGGGCACUCGGCCACUGACCAAAAAGAUGUCCGUCCAUACYAUACCAACCGAUUUUGCMCCGACACCCGGUCCGCAGCCGAACUUCUAUUACGGAUCGCCGGCACCGUAUGCCGAGUCGAUAGCACCGUCGCAUCACUCGACAUACGCCCACUACUAUGACGAUGAAGACGACGGCUGGGAAAUGCCUAACUUCUACAACGAAACCUAUAUGAAGGAAAGCCUACACAAUGGCAAAAGUAAUGGCUCAACAUUGCAGGGUAUCAGCAAUCCGGCCUCAGUUUACGGUACCAAAGAAGAUCUGUACGAUAGGCUCAGGAAACACCAGUAUUUAGGCAAAAAAGGAGACACAACGAGUGAUAGUGAAGAUCAGGGAAAUUGAAACUAC